AGCGGAGUGGAGUCGGUAUCCAGGCAGCUGCUCUGCCCGUCUCUCUCUCUCUCUGACAGCCCGACCAGCUUGUAAACAACCCCGCAAAGCGCCGCCCCGGGAGAAGCGGACGACGGAACGCGCCGUAGUUGCGUUGGACUCCCGGUAUCGGUGUCCGCCACCCGUCCGGUGCCCCCGCUCAGAGCCGUCUCCGCGGGGAGUCACGGUGCGGCUGAAUGAGCUAGCCUCGGCGGACUUCAAAGACACAAAGCAACCUUUCCUCACUGGGACCGAAGUUGUUGUCCGGCGGAUGUCUCGUCGCCUCCCACUGAGGUCGGAGGCCAGCUGGAGACGGGAGGCGGGUCCGCGCCGGCAGUGAUGCGGGCUUCGGUAGCAGGCUGCAGGAUGAGCGUCGGCGCGCUCCUUAACGGGCUGCUGGUCUCCGUGGUCGCAGCUCUGCUUUGGAAGUAUUCCAAGCUGAGUGAGCACGCCGCCCUGCUGGAGGAAGAGCUGCACAUGACACGGCAGUCCCAGGAGCUCUCGCAGGCCCACAUUGACUACCACGUCGCCCUGCAGGCCCUUCAGGAACACGGCACCCGCAUGGUCUGCACCGGCAAGAUGCACACUGACCGCGUCUGCCGCUUUGACUACCUCUGCUACUGCUCCGAGGCAGAGGAGUUUGUGUUCUUCCACUCCAAUUCCUCUGUCAUGUUGCCAAAUCUGGGGUCGAGGCGCUUCCAACCUGCUCUGUUGGACUUGUCGUCAGUGGAGGAUCACAACACACAGUACUUCAACUUUUUGGAGCUGCCGGCUGCUGCUUUAAAGUUUAUGCCUAAACCUGUGUUCGUACCAGAUGUGACUCUAAUCCUAAACCGGUUUAAUCCAGACAACCUAAUGCACGUGUUCCAUGAUGACCUGAUCCCAGCCUUCUACACCAUGAAGCAGUAUUCGGACUUAGAUGAUGAGGCGCGUUUGGUUUUUAUGGAGGGCUGGAGCGAAGGCCCACACUUUGACCUCUACCGACUUCUCAGCAGCAAGCAGCCACUGCUCAAAGAGCAGCUGAGGAACUUCGGCAAGCUCAUGUGUUUUACCAAAUCCUACGUCGGCCUCUCCAAGAUGACCACCUGGUACCAGUACGGUUUUGUUCAACCACAGGGGCCCAAAGCCAACAUGUUGGUCUCAGGAAAUGAGAUCCGACAGUUUGCAAGGGCUCUGAUGGAGAAAAUGAACAUCACAAGAGUGGAGGAGGUGUACAAGGAUGGAGGGAGUGCCGAACAUGAGAAAGAGAGAAAGGACGAUUACGUUGUUGUGUUCAGUCGCUCCGCAACGAGGCUGAUACUGAAUGAAGCAGAGCUAAUCAUGGCACUGGCCCAGGAGUUCCAGAUGAGAGUGGUCACGGUGUCCCUUGAGGAACAGUCUUUCCCCGGUAUCGUCCAGGUGAUCAGCGGCGCUUCUGUGUUGGUCAGUAUGCAUGGCGCUCAGCUCAUCACCUCACUCUUCCUCCCCAGAGGAGCUGCUGUGGUGGAGCUGUUCCCCUUUGCUGUGAACCCAGAGCAGUACACCCCGUAUAAAACCCUUGCCACCCUUCCAGGCAUGGACCUUCACUAUAUCUCCUGGAGGAACACUCAGGAGGAGAACACCAUCACCCACCCUGACAGACCCUGGGAGCAAGGGGGCAUCGUCCACUUGGAGAAGGAGGAGCAAGAGCGUAUACUGGCGAGCAAAGAUGUCCCCAGGCACCUGUGCUGUCGCAACCCAGAGUGGCUCUUCCGGAUCUACCAGGACACUUUGGUGGACAUCCCUUCCUUCCUGGAAACCCUUAAAGAGGGCAUGAAGACAAAGCCCAGCGUGAAGAAGUCAAAGCCGGCCAGCACAGUCCACCCGGGCCGGGUCAGAGAACCCCAGUGUCAGACCUCGGUACAAACCACCAACGAGGCUAAACUCACAGUCUCCUGGCAGAUCCCGUGGAAUCUGAAAUACUUGAAGGUGAGAGAGGUGAAGUAUGAGGUGUGGAUCCAGGAGCAGGGAGAGAACACCUACAUGCCUUAUAUCCUCCCCCAGCAGAACUACACGUUUUCAGAGAACAUUAAGCCCUUCACCACCUACCUUGUGUGGGUCAGGUGUAUCUUCAACAAGAGCCUCCUGGGCCCCUUUGCGGACGUGCUUAUGUGCAGGACCUAGUGCAAACACCAUGCCAGUUUGACACAAAAAAAGUGGACUCGUGCUUUUCCAGACAAUCAAAUUGGAACAGUGGAGUGUUUGAUUACAGUUUGUCCUGUUGGGGUUGUACACAUGUGAUACGGCAUACCUUUACAAUCCUCGAGCAGACUGCUGAGCUCUGGCACAGCCAUGCUCCUUGGCCAGCAGACGAACCGCAAAAGACUUGAACCACAGGGUCAGAACGCAGCCCUGAAUGAAUGGAAAGUAUAUUGUACCCAAGAGAGAAAGAAAGUUCUAAAUCACCGAAAAAACACAUCAGCAGAUUUAUUUAUGUGCAAAUGAUAUAUGACGUGUUUUUUUAGUAUUAGUCAACAACACUGGUUAUUUACAUGUUACAGUAUGCAAUAUAGCUUUUCUAUGGAGGGCAAGAAAGACUUUAGAUUAGCAGGGUUCUGUCUGACUGCGUGCGUGAUACCUGGUUGGCUGAAUACCUUUUUAUUUGCAGAACCUAGCCAAAACCAAAGCAACAUUUUUUUCCCCAUCAUUCAUGCCAUAUUACUUUCUAAUGUUCGAGAUAGUUCAUACUUCUAAUAAUCGCUCAGAUUUAUCCGGUUUUAAAAACUCGUCCCGAAAGACAUUGUGAUGGAUUUCAGUAAAACAACGUGUCAAGUGAGAGUUCUCAUUAAUCCCACUGUAAGUCAACGAUUUUGACCCGGAAAGCAAAGAAGAUGUGUCACUUCAUUUUAUGGAGCAUUUUGUGAUGAAAGACAAAAAAAAAGUGCUGUCUUUAAAUUGUUCCCUCAAAUAUCAUGAAUAUUACAACACACACGUGUUUGUUUCCACUGUGCCCAUCCACAAAUUAUUAAUAUCCAUUGUAUAAAUAAUCUUUCUCUAAUUGGCACUAAUUACAACUAUAAUAAUGACAAUUUCUGUGGAUAGUGAAUCCAUUACGCCAGGCUAUAAUUAGUGUAGCAGCAGUAUGCUGCUGGACAGUCGGAUUGCAUGGCAGUUUCAUUAAGAUAACAAGGUAUGUUGCUGCCUUGUGUAAAACUCUUAAUCACAAUGAAAUUCCCAGCUGAGUUUCUCUUUUACUUUCUUCAAAGGAUUUUGUAGCUGUUAAGAAGAAUGUUGAACUUUAGAUUGAAACAACAGACAUCCAAAGUUGGCUGUUUGAAGUUGUUUUUUUUGUACCAUGUUUCUAAUGAAGUGCUGCUUGUUGGUAGCUAGACUGCAAACGUGUGAGGAUUUUUUAGACACUUGCAUUGGAGGUGUUAGUUUGUGGUAGUAGAGCUGUAGCUAGAGAUGGUUUAUGGGAAUGAAAGUUAAACAAAACACUGCCGCCAACAUAUUCUGUGAUAUUGUGCCAUUGUUACGUAGUGUGUACUUUUUCCUGGACAUAAUUACCAGCGUGUUCUCACUCCCAACUCUGCAAAUAUGGCAGUAUUGAGUUUUAAAACGGACACUUCCUGUGUACCCAGUGCGUUAAAACGGACACUUCCUGUGUACCCAGUGCGUUAAAACGGACACUUCCUGUGUACCCAGUGCGUUAAAACGGACACUUCCUGUGUACCCAGUGCGUUAAAACGGACACUUCCUGUGCAUUUAAAACGUUGCCAAAGUGGUCCUGACUACGCUUCAGUGGUUGACGGGUUGGGAAUGAGAAUGUGUUGCUAUGAACCAAUCCUCUGAAAGUUUGACUGCCAUUAUGAAGAUAAUUUCCUUGACCGUGAUCCUUUUUUUUUUCUCAAGUUCUCAAAUGCAGUUCUGUUUGCCAAUGCAUGUUUUAAGAGAUUGCUUUCAGCCAUUUGUUGUGCGUGCAGGAUGUGAUGGUUUAGACAUGUAUGUGUUUGUAUUGUUAGUUAGAUUUGUGUGGCCCUGUCCCACCUCAGUGGAGACAUCGUACUGUAUGUGCAAUGACAGAGUACAAGUCUCUGUUUUCUACAUUAGCAAAUAGUUGGAGUUUCUUUUUCAGUAAUUGUGAUUGAAUAAAGAAGCUCAUUUUCCGACAGUAACUGUUUAGAACAGCAAGGCCUGGUCCAAUACUACCUUAAAAGCUCAUAAAUUAAUACGUAUAGAGAGGAGAUUUUAAAGUACAAGUACAACUGAUAUGAGUGUAAAGUACAAGUACCACUGAUAGGGGUGUAAAGUAUGAGGAACCUGUUAUAAAUUAUGGGUUAUCAUUUAGUCAAAGAACACAUUGCCCAGAAGUCAUUUCAGCAGCACUGCAAGCUAUCGGCUCUCCAGGGGGAUCGGCCCCCGGUCAGAGCGUAGACUCGGGCUCCUCUCUUCAGUUCCCAUGGUGCUCUCUGUUCUCAGGGCUAUUUUCCGCUAGUUUAACCGCAGAGACACAAUGGCGUCUGACAGGUGCAGAUGGACAGCACUGGGCUAAGUGACAGUGGCUCCCCCCCCCCCCCGGAGCGAGAGG